GUCAAGCCGCAGCCGUUGCACAACAGUCGUCGUACCUGUCGAGUUCUCUGUCGUCAAACUGACCCACCUGUUCUUCAACAGCAGGAGAAAUGCUCUCACGGAGGUGACUCUAUUAGCUUCAGAAGUGCUGUGGAGGACCAGGAUCAGAGCUGGAUCAUGGCUGAGAGUCCGCCGGAGCGCAGCCCAGGUGUGUUGAGUCGCAUCGGGAGCUGGCUGUCCUGGGGUUGGGGAAGUCCGGCGUCCAACGGAGAUGACCGCUCCUCCCAGACACAGCCCGAGGAGGCAGAGCCCAGAGCAGAAGACACACACGCUCCCUCGCUAGGUGACACGAGCCCAGCCCUCGAGAGGAAUGCCAAGCAUCUGAGACACGAAACACACACACGCAGCCCGUCGCCCGAGAGGAGAAGGACACCUGAGCAAAUGGGCCGGAGGAGGUCUGGCCGGAGGAGGCGGAGCUCUCACGGGGACGGGGGCGGGGCCAAAUCCCCAACCAAUCCCCAGCCUGCGAGCCCCGAAGGGACCGGUUUGACGAGCGGCGCGCGCAAGACAUGCACCGACUCGGCUUCUUCUGAGGAGACGGGAAGAGCAGAGGAGCCCGGCUCAGGUAACCGCGAGGAUGUCUUCCAGGCAGAAUGGGCCCAAGGCCACCUGAGCGAAGACCCGGAUUCUGAUUCGCUCGUCCAGGCGGCGCUGGUUUACAUGGACAUGGACGAGGAACGGGUCGUGAGGCUCACGGAGAGCUCCGAGGCCAAACGCAGGAGCCUCAGAGUGUCUCACAGCGAGGUGGUCUUCGCCAAGAAGGUGGUGGUCUCCUCGGAGGAGCCCGAUCGAGAUCAAGCCGAGCCCUUCAAAGAAACCCAGCGGACGAGAUCUGAGGAGAGAGCCAGAUGUCCAGAGGACAGAGUGGACACCACCAAUGUGAAGGCCAAGGGCCGAAUCGCAGACAAGAUCAGUCUCUUUGAGAAAGGAGCAUCCAAUGCAUUUAGCAGCACCACGAACCUGCGUCACCUGGAUAUUUCUCCAGCUCGAAAUGUGACCAGUCGCCUUUUCACCGAACGUGCCGGAACACGGUCCAGUUCCGCACCUCCGAACCAAACGGUUAAAGAGAUGGCGAUGAAUUUCAAUGCGGGGCGGAGGGGAGAAGAACCGUCUGGUCGUACGCUGAACGAAGGACAUUCAAAAACACCUGAAAUAUUUUUUUCUGGACGUUUUGAAAAAUCUACAGCAAGGACGGAUACCAGUGGAGAGCCAAAGGCUAAACCCAAACCACACUUAAACAUCGAUCAGACAGACUCCAAAUCCCAGAAUGCAACACAAAGCACACCUGCAUUGUCGGAGAGCACAGGUGACUCAAGCAUUGGAAAUAAAGAACUGGUUUCAUCGCCUACUGAUGAGGCACCGCAGCUUAAAUCGCCAAAUCGGACCGGCUGGCGAUCUAAAAGACGCCGAGGCAAAGAUCCACUGAGCCCCACCCAACCAGAAAUGGGUCAGAGUAAACAAGAGGUCAAGGACAAACCUCCUGUAGACAUUGUGAAGACCACAGAGCAGUGUUCUGAUAAAGAAAGACCAAACUCUGCUUGGGAGGCCCUGAGCAAAAAACCUACAUUCCCUUCCAGGUUGGAGAAAGCAGCAGAAAUUAUGCAAAGCACAAAGAAAAAGCUGGACUCAAAGAAGUCUCCACAUGGGGACACAAAUGUUCCUAAAGAAACUAAAGGCAGCUCAAAAGAAGAGAAGACAGAACGGACAGAGGCCGACUCAAAAACGGAAGAGAAACAGAGGAGCGUCAACAAAAAGCAGCCUGUUCAAGAGCGCUCAGAAGGAGAGGGGCAGAGGAACAGAGACAUGAUUGUAAACACAUUGUUUGGAGAGUCAGAGAAACCAGAUCCAUCUGUGACAAAAGAAGAGAAACCACCGUCCCCAGAGGACCUGAAGGAGGCCAGCUCUAAAGACUCCUUUGAGCCAGCCAAUAACAGCCCUGCUGCUUGCAGGAAAGAUGCCAUGAGAAACAGAGCGAGUGAGACGGAUACGCUGGUCUUACCUGAGAAAAGAGCAGAAAACACCACUGAAAGUGACCCAAAAUCGGCACAAAGACCAUCAAAGACAAGCCAAAAGAGUCAAGAGAAAGACUGUUUGGCCAAGAUUACCAGUCAAAAUGAGAAAAACGACCUUGAACUUGAAACAAUUGAGACGCAAAAACAUAGCACUGAAGUCAGCACUUCAAAGCCUCCCGAGCAGAACGUAGACGAAAGAAUUACAACAAAGACGAGUAAACGCAGUAAAUCAAAGAACACCUCAGCUGUGAGACAAAAAGAAACAACAAUUAGUGAGGGUGAAGAGACUCGGACUACAGAGAUAAACUCUGAAAUGUCUGAUCAGAGUAAAGAAAAUGCAAGUUUUGCAACAAUACACCCUGAACUGGUCAAAGACCAAAAUGACCAUAUGGAUGCCAUAAUUUCAGCUCCUACAGAGGGAGGCGGUCCCAAAAGAGAUGGGCUGGCAUUACAGAACCAGUCAGAGAACAGAGAAGAAACGAAAACACAGGCAGUUUCUAAUAACAGGGAUUUACAACAGCCCAGCACUGAUGCUAAAAAGGGAGGCACCAAAGAACCCCAGAGUAAUAUCACCAGCACCAAAAUGACAUCCAUAGUGAAUGGUGAUAUUCAGGAUUCAGGCUGUCUUAAACAGUCUGAAGAAAAUACACUUAACUCUAGCCUUGAAAAUACCUUACCUGAAAUACCAUCCAAUAAUGACAAUCUGAGCUCAGCAAAAAAGAAGUCCACUUCCUUGUCAUCCAAAGACAUUCAAGCAUCCACUGAGCAAUCUGGACAGGUCACCGCUAAACCAGCCUCAACAGAUGAUAAGGCCAUCAGUCAUAACAACAAAACAACUCUGUCAAACUCGGUAAACAAAAAAACAACUAGUGAAAAAAACGCUCCUCCACCAGCCUCAACUGAUGUAAAAACCACUGCUGAAAAACCAACAAGCAUCGAAAAGACCACAUCUUCACAUGACUCAAACAAUGAGAAAACUUCCACUUUGCCUGCCUCAGCUAAAGAAAAGAUUACAGGUCAAUCAGCAUCAGCUACUGAGACAAUCUCUGCUACAUCAGGCUCCAGUGAUGACAAAAGCAAACCUCCACAAGCCUCAACUGAUGAGGCAAUCUCUGCCACAACAAAUGAAAAGAACACGCCUCCAACAUCAUUAGUCAAUGAAAAGACCAUGCUCCCAAUGGCAUCAGCCAAUGAAAAGAAAACACUUCCAACAGCAUCAGCCAAGGAAAAGAAAACACCUCCAACAUCAUCAGUUAAUGAAAAGACCACACCCUCAACAUCAUCAGCUGAUGAAAACACCACGCCUUCAACAGCAUCAGUUAAUGAAAAGACCACGCCUCCAACAUCAUCAGUUAUGGAGAAGACCACGCCUCCAACAUCAUCAGUUACGGAGAAGACCACGCCUCCAACAUCAUCAGUUAAUGAAAAGACCACGCCACCAACGUCAUCAGUUAAUGAAAAGACCACUCCUCCAACAUCAUCAGUUAAUGAAAAGACCACGCCACCAACAUUAUCAGUUAAUGAAAAGAUCACGCUACCAACAUCAUCAGUUAAGGAGAAGACCACGCUAACAACGUCAUCAGUUAAGGAGAAGACCACGCCUCCAACAUCAUCAGUUACAGAGAAGACCACGCCUCCAACAUCAUCAGUUAAGGAGAAGACCACGCCACCAACAUCAUCAGUUAAUGAAAAGACCACGCCUCCAACAUUAUCAGUUAAUGAAAAGACCACGCCUCCAACAUCAGUUAAGGAGAAGACCACGCCUCCAACAUCAUCAGUUACGGAGAAGACCACGCCUCCAACAUCAUCAGUUAAGGAGAAGACCACGCCUCCAACAUCAUCAGUUAAGGAGAAGACAACGCCUCCAACAUCAUCAGUUGAUGAAAAGACCACGCCUCCAACAGAAUCAGUUGAUGAAAAGACCACUUCUCCAACGUCAUCAGUUGAUGAAAAGACCUAUAACCGUCAUCAGUUGAUGAAAAGACCUCUAACCGCAUCAGUUAGUGAAAAGAUCAUGCCUCCAACAACAUCAGUUAAUGAAAAUACCUCGCCUGGAACAUCAUUAAAUAAUGAAACAUCAUCAGCCAAUGAAAAGACUGUGCCUAUAUCUCCACAAGCCUCAACCAAUGGCACAACCUCUUCGUUACCUGCCUCAACUAAAGAAAAAACUACACCUCCGCCAGUAUCAAACACUGACACAAUAUCUGUUACAGUAAGCUCCAGUGAUGAUAAAAACAAACUUGCACCACCCUCAACUAACGAAACAAUCUCUGCUUUGCGUGAUCUAGCUAAUAAGACUACGCCUCUGACAACCUCAACUAAUGAAAAGAAUGCAACUACAUCAGAGUCAGCUAAUAAAAAUACAACUAAUGAAGAGACCACAUCUACACAAGCUUCAACCAAUGAGACAGCCUCCAAGAAAAAGACUACAUCCCCACCAGUAUUAACCACUGAGACUAUCUCAGCUACAUUAGGCUCCAAUAAUGACAAAAGCAAACCUCCAUUAUCCUCAACUCAUGACAAAACUACAUCUUCAUUAGACUCAACCAAUGAGAGAACCACGCCUCUAACAGCAUUAGAUAAUAAUAAGACCUCGGCUCCAACAGCAUUAGCCAAUAAAAAAGCCAAGCCUCUACUAGCACCAACUACUGAGACAACCUCCACAUUAUCAGACUCAGGUAAUGAAAAGAUCACACCAACAGAAUCAUCAACUAUUGAGUUAGCCUCCCCUUCAUUAGGCUCAGUUGAGGACAAGACUACACCACCAUCAGUCUUAACUAAUGACAAGACCACAAUUUCAUCCGCCACAGCCAAAGAAAAUGCUGCACCUUCAACCAAUUCACCAGUCUCUAUUGAUAUCACUAAUAAAAAUGAGAAGACCACACCACUACCAACGUCAUCCUCUGUACCGCUAAGCUCUAUCAGUGGAGAUACUAUAACUCCACUUCCUUCAUCCAAAGAAAAAACAACAUCACCAUCACACUGUAACAGUAAAAAGACGUCACCUUCACAAGAAAAUCCCUCAUGUCCUGAAGUCUCAGGGAAGGAGACGAUCGCAAGUAAAUCUACAACUCCAUCCACAAGAAAAAAGCAAUUUAUCCUCAAACCCUUUCUUCUUCCAGAAAUCCCUGCUGCACCUGGAAGCUCCUCCCAGAGCAGGGACUCUCCAUCUAGCUGGCUCGAUGUGGAUCACCAACGUCCUAUAAAGAAGAAGCUGUUGAUUCCAGAGCCCAAGGUCAGCUCCUCUUUGCGCGAGACUAACCGCCUGAACACAUCAGGAGAGUUUGACCCAGAUGACUUUGUUGCAAAUGUGAAAAGGCUAGCGAUGCCAUUUAAUCUUCCCCUACGCAAACACAUCAGACAUCGUCCGCAGCCACCUCCGUUUGCCAUGCCUGCCAUCAAAGAAGACCACUUUGAGAAACCCUUUGAUCCAGAGGAGUUCCAGCAUGGCCUGAGGCGAAGGAGGGAAUUCGUUUUGGAUUUGCCUCAUAGUUCAAAAUCAAAAGCCACAGAAGUUAAGGAGACAGAGAUCAAACCAAAGCGAGAGAGCAUCCUCACGAGGUCCCUGAUCUUUCAGAGAGCAAGGAAAGAAUCUGAAAAGGAUGAGGAAGAAAAAGAGGAGGAAUCUAAUGAAAAUCCAACAGAACCACUGAAGUCAAAGUCUCGUUUGGAGAGGUGCUCUAUUGUCAGCAUUUUACGCAGCCCCAGCAAAGGGAGACGAAUGGAGUUUUUAAGCCCCACUGAGAGUCCUUCAGGUGGGCUGUUAUCACCAAGCGAUGGUUCUGGGUCUACAGCACCUCCACAAUCACAGCUAGCCUCAACUACAGAAUUAACCAAACCAGUCGCAGCAGAGGAAACCCUAGCUAAGAAUAACAACUUUGUUACACCAUCUGGCUCUCAGGUUAUUCUAAAACAUAGCACAGACAUUGGGCCUGCCGUGACACCUAACCUCAAAACAACUUCAACUUCUCUUUUAGAAGACUCUAAUGCUCAUUUUCCUCCUAGUGGUACCCAAACUAGAUCCCAAGUUGUACUAAAACCUGCAAUAGAUGAUAGACCUGCCCUGACGCUUGACUUUAAAACUUCAGGUGACCCUCCAGUCACCAAGUUAACGGACACUAAUGCUCCUCCUAGUUGUAGCCAGUCUGGUUCCCAGAAUGAUGGACCUGCUUUGGCACCUGAUCUCAAAACAGCUUUGAGAGACCCCACAGUCACUAUGUUUACAGACACUAAUGUCCCUUCUCUUCCCGAUGGUUCCCAGACUAUUUCCCAAGUUGGGCUCAAACCUACGAAAGAUAUUAGACCUACCCUGGUACCUGACUUGAAAACAAGUUCAGUUGACCCUCCAGUCACCAUGUUAAAAGACACUAAUGCUCUUCCAGCUAGUUGUACAAAGUUUGGUUCCCAAGAAGAUGGACUUGUCACGAUACCUGACCUUAAUACUUUUACUCCUCUCGAUGGUUCUCAGAUUAGUUCCCAGGUUGUACUGAAACGUACGACAAAUGAUGGAACCACACUGACAUCUGACUUAAAAAUAACUUCAGUAGACCCUCCAGUCACCACAUUAACAGACACUGAUGCAUCUCUAACGGCUAGCUUUACCCAGUCCGGUUCCCAGAAUGGUCUAAAUCCUAAGAAGAGUGAUGGACCUGCUACGACACCUGAUCUCCAAACAACGUCAAUAGACCCCACAGUCACUAUGCUUAAAGAUGCUAAUGCAUCACUGCCUCUCAACGGUACUCAGACUGCCUCUGAUGGCAUACUGCCACCUGAUGAACCAACCCUGAAAACAACUACAGUAGAUGCUAAUGCUCCUCCACCAUGUCCUUCCUUUGAUGACAUCAAGUUGCCUAGUUUCCUGGAGAAAUUUCUUCCAAAGGAACCUGAAAACAUUCAACCAUCAAAUAAGACCAAUCCACUGGUGGCUGGAGAAAGUGCCUCAGUACCUGCUCUUGUGGAUCUGAAUAAGGCUGUUGAUGAGAAGAUCCCAGAAGUCGCACCUGUAGUCCCAGCGGCUCAAAUGCCUCAAGCUAAACCUCAGAGAGAACCACCAAAUAUUCCAGCUGUUCGUGGAAUCCACCGGCGCCCUGGAAAGAUUGUGAUUUUUGAGCAUCAUCAGUUCGGCGGUCAGUCCUUUGAGUUCUACAGGGAUCAGCCAGAUGUCACACACAUGCAACUGUCCAGUGUUAUAUCAAUUAAAGUGGUCAGAGGAUGCUGGAUAUUAUACGAGAAACCGGGAUUUGAGGGACGAUGCAUCGCUCUGGAAGAGGAAGGAAUUACUGAGCUGCCCAAUCAAUGGGCAGAAGAGGAUGAAGAAACAUCUGCCCCUGUGGUCAUUGGCUCAAUUCGACUGUCUGUCAGAGACUACACUCCGCCCCGGAUAGAGCUCUUCACGGAGCCCGCUGGCAGGGGCAGAAGCUCUGAGUUUAUGGAUGACACUGAGGAAGUGGGCAGUUUUAGCCGUCCUCAGAGCACCGGCUCCAUCAAAGUCCACAGUGGCCUGUGGCUGGUUUACAGUGAUCCAGGUUUCCAGGGUCUGCUGGCGGUCCUGGAGGCCGGAGAGUAUCCGUUCCCGGAGGACUGGGGGUUCCCGGGGCCCGUGGUGGGCUCUCUGAGGCCCCUGAGAAUGGGAGCUCUGAAGGUCCAGAAACCACACGCAGUCAAGGCCGUGUUAUAUGAGAAGGCUGGUCUGGAGGGACGGUGCGUGGAGGUUCAGGGAGACGUCUUCUCCUUCUCCGGGACAGAAUCAGACCCGAGCGAGCCGGACAAUCACGGACUGAACUCUGUGGAGUCGCUCGAGAUCCUCGGAGGCCUGUGGGUGGGGUACGAGGGCGAGGGCUUCGAGGGACAGCAGUUCGUUCUGGAGGAAGGAGAGUAUCUGGACUGGACGGACUGGGGCGGGACGGGGGAAAGGCUCCUCUCUCUGAGGCCUGUUUUCAUGGAUUGCUGCUCCCCUCAUAUGAAGAUGUUCAGUGAGCCGGACUUCUCCGAGCGCGGCGUCAGCAUCGACCUCCAGGAGCCGCUGGAUAACGCCAUGAACACACGCUACGGGCCCCAGACGAGCUCCAUCGAGGUCCUGGGCGGAGUGUGGGUGGUGUUCGAGGACCCCUGGUUCUCGGGUCAGCAGUAUGUUCUGGAGAAGGGUCAGUACGGAAGCCCGGAGGACUGGGGCUCGUCUCUCAGCAGAGUCUGCUCCGCCGUCCCCGUCCUUCUGGAAAAUCUGGAGAACUCCUGCCACUUCCAGAUUGAGCUUUUCUCUGAGUCUGGAUUCAGAGGAACAUCUGUCCUGCUGCAGGACUCAUUACCCACAAUCCCCAGCGGCUUCAGUGUGCGCUCCUGCAGGGUUCAUGCUGGAAGCUGGCUGGUGUUCAGCGGCGAGUGUUUCUCGUCUCAUCAGUGUGUUCUGGACGAGGGGUUAUAUCCUGAUCUGAGGACGAUGGGUUUCUCGGAGCCGGACGCAUCAGUUCUGUCGCUGCGGCCCGCCGGACUCGAGCUCUCGGUGCCGGGGCUGCUUCUGUUUGAACGAUCUGGACUCAGAGGACGCAGGACGCUGCUGAAGACGGCUUCGGUCAAUCUUCAGAUCACACACAGCUGCUCCAGAGUCUCGUCUGUGCUGGUGCUCGGCGGCAUGUGGGUUCUGUACGAGGAUCAUAACUUCAGAGGCUCUCAGUUGCUGCUGAAACCCGGCGCCGUUCCUGAUUGGCCCAAACUCUCCUCCUGGCUGCGAAUCGGAUCGCUCCGGCCGCUCAUACAGAAACAAGUGCAUUUCCGUCUGCGGAGCAAAGAGGCGGGGCUACUGAUGUCCGUCAGCGGCUCAUUGGAGGACAUUAAACUGACCCGUAUCCAGGUGAGCGAGGAAACGGGCGGAGCCGAGCAGAUCUGGACCUAUCAGGACGGUCUCUUACAGUGCAAGGCUCUGCUGGACGUGUGUGUGUCCGUGGGUUCCGGGGUCCUGAUGUCCGGGAGCAGAGCCGUUCUCUCCUCUGAAGGGCCGCAGCAGCUCUGGAGCGUCUCGGGGUCCGGGGUCAUCCACAAUCACUCCAGACCAGAGCUGGUGCUGGAGGUCAAAGGAGGGCAGCAGUUCGACAAACACCAGAUUAUUGUGAAUGAAUUCCACGCAGACAAACCGAAUCAGCGCUGGUCUCUGGAGAUCCUCUGAGCUGCACCACAGGCCCCACUGCUCUGCCGCGGAGCUGCGCCAGGGGGCCCAGCGUCCUGUGAGGCAGCUGCACCAGGGGGACCAUAAGCUGUGGAAAUCUCAUUCUCAUGAGAGACAGUGGAUGGAAUAUGACCCCAAUCAGCCGGACGUUGUAUUAUUUUUCUACGUGAGCUCUCAGAUUGACGGGAAGAGCUUGAACUGUAAUAUCUCUUUGGUUUCGUGUAAAUUGCAUUAACACACCUGUUUGUGGACGCUGAGCUGUAUUAAAGCACGAGGUCUGUUUAUUAGUACAUUUUUGUUGUGUUCUAAUCGCUGAGACGUGUGAUCAGCUCUGUGCUGAUUGGCCCGCGGGGAUUGGCUGGCUGCUGAUUGGCUGUCAGGGGAUUCUGGUGUUUUAUGGUUCAGGAGCUUCAGACAGAAGCCUCUUCUCUCCGUCAGCACAAACCGGACCGUCUGCUGCUAAAUCACUGUUUAUCCAGGACAUAAAACCACGGAGCUUCUAAUCUCACACAUAUAGACUCACAAUUACCUUUUUGCUUUUUUAGUCUGUGGCAGGAACGAAAGGAAAAAUCCCUGAAUUGCAGAAAGUUGUGACGUAGAAAGUCAGAAUUGCCGUUAUUUGUUGUUUGUUUACUCUGUGGUGGAAAUGUAAAAAGCAAUGAACAAAAACUGUUUCAAUAUCA